AAUCCUGGCCCAACUGCAGAGAAGGAGAGGGUCCUGCAGUAGUGCGCUCUGACUUAUAUCAUGCCUGGGGAGUCAGGGCACUUGCUGCUAAGUUUAGUGCUGUAAAUACUCUCCUCUUGGCUGAUUUCCAGCUACCAACCUGGCUUCACUGAAUGCAGAGGCGGGCAGGGGUUUUAUCCAAGCUGGCCCACAGCACUUUGGAACCUUGUUACCCCUGGCUCAGAAACCUGCAAUAGUGCCCAUGGCCAAUGGGCUCACAAAAGGGGCCAGACAGGUAACAACAAAGAAUUGGACCAGGUAUAAGACAAAGGGGAGUGAAGGGGCAGGGUCUAGCUGACAGGGCCCCGCGGGAGUGCAGGGCCAGGGAGCUGUUCCAAUUCCUUCCACCUGGUGGCGCAAGAGCUCCCACUACUGCUCCCAUCCCUUUCUCCCUCUCCCAUCUCGUCUCUCCCUUUUCUCUCCUGUUGUGUGCUGGCCGAUGGCACUGGCCACACACAGAAGAGCAAGACAGCUCUCACCCUCAAGGAGUUCACAGACUGAUGGGGGAACCCACUCAAGACUCAACUUUGUGCUCAGAAAUCUGGUGGGGUGUUACCUGCUGGCUGGCGCCGAGCCACUGAAUCUGAGGCACAGGAGGGCCAGAGCGGCUUCUUAGGCACCAGGCGGAGGGUAGGGACAGUGCGAGGGCGUUCUUGGCAAAGGGAGGCCAUGGCCUGGGCAAAGGCUGUGAGGCAUGACAGCCACAGCCUGCUAGGGCAGGGAACUGUGGAGGCUUACUUGUGGCUGGGACUAAGGUGCCAAGGGGUGUGGUUUGGGAAUAAGUAAAGCUGUAGAGGAAGCCAGGCCCAGACCCCACCUGGCUUUGUAAGCCCAGCUGACAUUAUGCAAGGUGUUAACUUUCUGGGAAGAUGACCAGAAGCAAUUGAAGGUAGGACAGGGGAGUGACAUAGUCAGACCUGUGUUUUAGAAAGAUGUUAGCUCCCUCUGGCCUGGACAGUGUUCAAGAGUGGAGGCAGGGAGACAGGGAGGAGGCUGUAGGCAAGAGGUGUUUGAUGGUGGCCUGGACUGGGGAAGCAGCCGGGGUGGAGAGGAAGAUGAGCAAGGCUGAAGUUUUACUGAGCACUCAGUGUCUGCCCAGCCCUGUUCUAAGCGUUUUACACAUAUUAUCUCAUGGAAUCUUCAAACCACUGUUAUCAUCCCCAUUUUACAGACAAGGAAACAGGUUAGGAGAGAAUAAGGAACCAGAUAACGGUAGGAGAGCAUGAGAACCAUCAAGAGCAAAUUUGAGAGCUUGCUGGUGGUUGGAUGUGGGGGAUGAGGCCCAGGAAGGGGCCUGGGGAGAAUUCCAGCCUUUGGAAUCAUAAGGUAGGUGGCGCCAUCCAUGAGACCAGAGCCCUGAAGGAGAAUGGAUGAGGGCUGGAGAAGAAGAGAUUGGUUUCAUGUGUUGAUUCUGGGGGCCUUUGUGACGGCCAAGCCGAGAUGGCCCCUGGAGAGUUAGAUGGGAAUUACGGGCACAUCAGUGGUGCCUGAAACCAUGGGCAUGGGCGAGCUUGGCCAGGGAACAUGGGGAGAGUGAGGGGAGAAGCAGUAGAGGGAGAACAACUGGCAAAGGAGCAGCCAGAGGAGCAGCUGGGGUUGGAAGAGAAGCAGAUGAGUGUUGGGGGAUGGAUCUCAGAGCCUAGAGAACAGGAGGUUUCAAGGACAGAGCUGGGAGAGGGUGAGGGGGAUGUGGAGAGCAGUUUACAUUGCAGAAACUGGGUUGAGAAGUGUCCACUGGGUCCAGAGAACAGGGACCACCAAUGGCCCUGUUAGAGCAGUUUUCGCUGGGGGCGGAGAGAGACAGGAGUGGGAGGUGAGGAAGCCAGUAGAGAGGGAGACCCGCUUUCCACAAGUUCAGCUGUGAAGGUGAGAGGGAGAGCAGGCGCAGGUUGUUGAGGGCUUACUGUUGAGACAUGAAUUUUUUCUUUGGCUAUUUUUUGAAAUUUUCACUUACAACUUCAUUUUAACCCUGAAUUCUGAGAAUUUACGAAGUAAACUUCAGUUAUCCAAAAUUCUUGAAUGGGUCACUCUGGAAAACCAACCUUCAUUUGGAUGAAAAUAUUUGAAAUAUAAGAUGUCUUAUGGUAAGUGCUACAGCUGCUGAGCAAAAGGUCGGCUGUUCUAAUCCACCAGGCGCCCCUUGGAAACUCUACGGGGCAGUUCUACUCUGUCCUAUAGGGUCGCUAUGAGUCGGAAUCGACUCGACGGCAACAGGUUUGGUUUUUAUCUCUGAAAAACUUUUUAUUAUAAAAAUUAUCAAACAUCUGAAAGUAGGUAGGACAGUACAAUGAAUGCCCAUAUACCCACCAUCCAACUUCAAGAGCUGUCAACUCCAGGCCAGUACCCCACCCACUCCGCCAACCCCUGGAAUAUUCUGAGGCAAACUGCAGAUAGUGUAUCAGUUCACCCAUAAACCCUUAGUAUAUUUCUCCAAAAGACAAAAGACUUUUAAAAUACAUCCAUAGUAACGUCAUCACUCUAAAAAUCUCUAACCAAACCUAUUGCUGUCAGGUCAACUUCAACUCAGGGUGACCCCACAUGCAUCAGAGUAGAACUGUGCUCCACGGGGUUUUCAGUAGCUGGUCUACCAGAAGCAGAUCACUAGGUCUUCCUUCCGAGGCAUCUCUGGGUGGACUCAGAGAAUCUCUAACCUUUCAGCUAAGCUUUUUAACAGUUUGUACUAGCAGGAACUACAAAUUUUUAACAAUAUUUUCUUAACAUCAACUGCUCUAAUUUCCUCUAUUGUCUCCCAAUUUUUUUUUUUGGGGGGGGGACCAGUUGUUGGUUAAAAUUAAACUCCAAACAAGGUCCAUUUAUUUGUUCCAUGUCUUAAGACUCCCUUUCUUAUUUCUUUCUUUUUUUUAAUGUAAUUUAUUGUUAACGAAACCAGGUUACUUGGAGGGACGAAUUGGAAUAUGGGAGAGAGGUGAGCACCAGAGCUGGAGAGAAGCGCCAGGGAGGACAGGCUGAGAGGAGAGGGAGGGCUGGGGGGUAAAUGAUGGCCACACAGUUGGAACAUCCAUCUUUGGAGAAGGAGGGAGGAUGAGAGGCCGGUCCCCCAGCAGGGAAGUGAGGCCAGGGUUCUGAAGGAUAGGGUCUGUCCCUGUGCAUGCCAGGGACCCCCACAGCUGCUGGAGACAAAGUAGAAAAAUGGCCUGAGCCCAGGAGCAGAGACCGCGCUCAGGUUGGCACAGGGAGGGCUAAGGCACAGCCUAAACCAGGCUGGAGGUGUGGGGGGCGGGGCCUGAGGUCAGGUCUGGAAGGAACUAUAGGAUAUUGUGCUGGGCGGAGGUGAAGAGAGGGGACAGACAGUGCCAAAACGCUGCUCCUGGCCCAGCCCCUGCUCCUCCCACCCUGGUUAGGUCCCAGGAGUCCCUCCCUGGCCUCCCAGCUUCAGAUCCACCCUGGAGAUCAGAUCCUUUCACGAUGCCGGGAUCCGGGCGUCCAGAUCGUUUGCUCUGCCUUCUCCUUCUGCUUCUGGUCCCCGACAGCUCUGAGGAAGGCAACACUCCUCAGCGCAGGUUUGAGUACAAGUUCAGCUUCAAAGGACCAAAGCUGGCUUUGCCUGGGGCUGGAAUACCCUUCUGGAGCCAUCACGGAGAUGCCAUCCCAGGCCUGGAGGAAGUGCGACUGGCCCCGUCCAUGCGGAACAGGAGUGGUGCCGUGUGGAGCAGGGCCUCUGUCCCCUUCUCCGCCUGGGAAGUGGAGAUGCAGAUGAGGGUGUCUGGGCUCGGGCGCCGGGGAGCCCAGGGCAUGGCCAUGUGGUACACCCAGGGCAGGGGCCAAGGAGGCUCUGUGCUGGAGGGGCUGGCCUCGUGGGAUGGCAUCGGGGUCUUAUUCGACUCCUCGGCUGAGGGUACCCAGGACAGCCCUGCCAUCCAUGUGCUGGCCAGUGACGGGCACACCACCUAUGAGCCGCUUGGGGAUGGAGCCAGCCGGGUGCUGGGCUCCUGCCACCGGGACUUCCGGAACCGGCCAUACCCCUUCAGAGCACGGAUCACCUACUGGGGGCAGAGGCUGCGUGUAUCCUUGAACAGUGGUCUCACUCCCAGUGAUCCAGAUGUGGUCUGUGUCGAUGUGGGGCCCUUGCUUUUGGCCCCUGGAGGUUUCUUUGGCAUCUCAGCAGCCACCAGCACCCUGGCAGAUGACCAUGAUGUCCUGUCCUUCCUGACCUUCAGUCUGAGGGAGCCAGGACCAGAGGCUCCCCCCCGGCCCUUCCUAGAAAUGGAGCAGCUCCGCCUGGCGAGGCAGCUGGAACGGCUGCAGGAAAGGCUGGCGCUGGGCACCAGGGAAGACAUAAUUUUGAAGCCAGACUCUGAAGCCCAGGAAUGGGGGGAAAAGCACUUUGACCUGGAGGAGACUCUGGGUAGACACAUUCAGACCCUACGGGCUCUCCAGGACCUCUCUGAGCAGCUGGACCAGGCUGAGAGGCAAUGGAAGAAGCAGGCGGAGUCCUUAGGUGGGACCAGACCUGGGGGAGGCUGGCCCUGGGUGCCCUCCUGCCAGAUUCCAUCCUCCCCAGAAAGAGGCAGCUACCCCUCUGGGCUGGCUCUCCUGCAGGACUCUGCCAAGGUCAGCACCCUGCUCUGUGGGCAGCAGACUCUGCUCCAGGACCUGCAAGAGAUGAGGGCUGCAGCUGCCCAAAUGGCCUCAAAAGCUCAGGUCUUCUACCUGCCUGUGGGCACCGAGCAUCACUUCUCGGAGCUGGACCAGAUCCUAAGCCUCCUACAGAAGGACCUUCGGGGCCCAGUGAAAGCGUCAUCCAAGGGCCCUCGUCCAUCAGGCCAGCCCCCAGGGGCUUCCUCAUGCCUUCGGUCAGGCAUCUUUCUGUUCUUCCUCAUCAUCCAGACCGUAGGCUUCUUCAGCUACGUGCACUUCAGGCAAGAGCUGGACAAGAGCUUUCAGGACUGUUUGUCCAUCAACAGCCUUCCUCUGCACCGUGCACCAUGCAUCCCCAGGGCUCUGGGAGUCCAGCGGAGGCAGCCCCUCUCCCCCAGCAUGCAUGCAUGACCAACUGCAGAGCCCAGGAGAGAUGCCCACUUCUCACUGGGGAGCAGAUGGUGUCUGGGGGGUGGAGGACUUAGCCAGUUGUGCCUUCGAAGUGCCCUCUACUCCUCUCCCUCUGGGUACCUAGCUCCUACCUGCACCUUAGCUUUUGGGGCACUCCCACCUUAUUAAAGGUAGAUUUCCCUCUCCCUGUGCUUUGAUAUGUUCAUUUACCUUUUGGCUUCACCUUAAUCUCUCUGAAGGCUUCUGCUUCCUUUGGGCAGGUAGCUGGAAAGGAGGCCAAGGGCUCAUCUGACUUCCAGGAGACCAGACAUUCUACAGUCCUUUAACCCUGGAGUAUGGAGGGACUGGGCAGUGGAGGGAGGAGGGGUCACAGUUGUACAAAAUUGUCCCUAA